AUGUGGCAAGUUUCAUUGUGUCAUCCAUUACGCCAUAGCUUAGGUACUGAUGAGUUCAAUUACCAGCCUGGUCCGAAUUCUUUAGAUGCAUUCGCACACCUUUCGGCCACCCUCAACGAGAUCCUCACUUACUUGAGGUAACAUUUUUGUCGACCAGAUCAUGUCCUACCGAGAGUGUCUCCUCUUGGUUCUAUCUCUUGCUCUUCUCCUUUUAAACCUCAUAGCCUACAGACUAUGCUACGCAACGGUGUUCUUCAUCUACUUGUACGACCCCCGUACCGGCUAGCCUUCCGCCGGAUGCUGUUGCCUCCUCCUUCCUCGGCCCCCGACCUUGACCCGACAGCCAUAUACAUUGCUUCCGACCGGCGACGUUUCUACCGGUCAGUUGGAAUCUUCUGUUUACUCCAGGCCUCCGCAUGGGGCGCAUUUACGGCCUAUGUAGCACGCAAGUCUGAGGUGAAUUGGGAAACCCUGGUCGCAGACUUGGAUUGGUUCAACCAGAAGCUUGCUCGUCGUCUUGAGUCGUUGACUCCGUCGGCUCUGAAACGACUUAUCCUCCGUCGAUCCAAAACGCAGGAGAAUGUUGGAGCGAAGACGGAAGAGACUGCUACUGUUGACACCGCAUUUGAGAGGCAGGAGACGCAGGGGGUUGCUACCGCUGUCGCUCCAAGCACUAAAACUUCAGCAAAUGCGGCUGAAAACACGGAGUGGACAGAUAACCAACCUUUUUCACAGAUCCUCAUGUCCAUGGCGAAGGACAUCUCGUCCAGCUUUAGGACGUCCUUGGGCAUCAGCGAAGACAAAAAGAGUAUCCAGAUACAAACGGGAAACCUUCUCUCCUUGCUCACCGGUUUCAUGUGUGAGUUUUACUCUCAUGGGGCUUUGAAAUAUUCCGGUAUCCGGAUUUAGUUCUCGAGUGUUCAACAGGGUGCCAGAGGAUUCUUUCUCUGGAAGAUGGUGGUUUGGUUUUAAUCCUGAUUACUGCGUUUUACGGACGCCAGUUUCAGAAUCCGUACCUCUUCUGUUUGCACUUAUCUUUUUUCCCGAAGAAAAUGUCACUAAUUGUUGUCCGCAACUGCCCCAAAAUUCCAGGUGUUCACUCUUUUCGCCACCUGCGAAGUGUAGGAGGUAAAUUAGUCAAGUCGUCUCCAACUUGUAAGAACAGCCUAAGCUGUUCAGCAAGAUCGACAGAUAGGGUGUGAUUAAGUUAAAGGUUAUCUUCUUUGGGACCCUUUGGUCCGCUGGGAUUGCCGGCCAAUCUGCAAUGUCCUUACUGCACAUCGGUCUUUUCCUGGCCUUGGACGUUUUUUUGAGGGCCUGGUCAAAUCCAUGUUAUCAGACCGCGUGUGUACAGACUUCUUUGCCUAACUGAGACGCUGAAAGGUGAAGUCUCGCAUGGUAGCUUACCUGGAGGGCCUACAGAUGUUGGAAUUUCUCCGAAGAGCUACGAGAUGACAGUCCUACAGACAAGCACGCAUACUCCAUGCAGGUGUCACUUCGUCGGGAGGGGGGACAGUCAGUCUCCAACUAGGUGGGUGCGAUGAAUGUUAAGGCCACAAAGGACAACAAUAUCAUUGAACGCUGCCAAUCCACAGGAGGGCCUUACCUGACCCUGUCGCCCUCCGACCCACGGCGUCCCCACCCUGGUUCUAUUCGGCGCCCUCCAUGACAGCUUGGCGCACCUUCUUGAUACUGUGGAUUCUGGAGCGGGCUGAAUCUGUUCUGCUGGCUGUUAAAAAUGACAGGAAGUGACAGGGCCUAUAAAUGCUCCACGAAGUAGGCGCGAUGGUGGUUUUUGCGUAGAUUUCUCCAUUAUGAAUCAGACUUGUCUUGCGGCCAGCUCACUUCACUAUUCCCCCACCGGUCAUAUUCGGGUGACAGGGCAAAUUUAAGGCAAUCGCAGUUAGGCGUGUGCGUAGUGACUAACAAACCUAAUCAGCCUGGUUACGCAUGUGAUCUCCCUCCUAGACCUACAUGUAACCGGACUUCUGUGAUUGAGUUUCGCGUUUCACAGUAAUGACUGUCAUAAAGGUCAAAGGUAGGGGGCAGCCACUGCAGACUGAACAUCACUCCUGUGUAGAACGGAGUCGUUCCAUGAGUUGCAGCUUAUCCGAGUCGUCACUGCUAGCUCGCCCCGAUAGUUUCAAUGCGUGUUUGGUCAUUGGCAGGGAGAAACAAGCGUUGGUUCUGGGGGUGGCUCCACCCACUCUUCUCUGUCCCAUACAUUCGUGGCCUGUCGAUGGGGAGAGAGACUGGGUGCAUUGGUUGACGUGCGUCGCCGUCUAACCAGUGCCACGCGCGGAUAAAGGCAAGUAAUGAGGAGGAGCCAGCCCUCAAGGUCCAAAGAGCAAUCAAAGACCUUUUGGCUCAGAGUACCGCUGUUGUCACGGUUUCUCGCACUGUUUAUUCGAGUCAGUUUUAGCGCGACAAGAGGCCCGACAAGCUGCUGAAAAGACGUUUUCUGCAGUUGAAGCAAACAUGUCAUGUACGGACACUCAAGCGUCUUAUUGGCAUGCAAGAAAUGUCCUUUUUGGCCAGUGAAAUGGCGUUCCAUCUUCUUCGUGGCCGCAUAUUCGGAUUAAGUUAGUUUAAAUAGAAAAAGUGAUGCCAGUAGAUUACAGAGUCGGGCGAAAUUGACUGCGUUUCGCCACGGUCCCUAUCUUGCCUCUGACAGACUCCCCGUUGAACUCGCUCAUCCAGAAACUUUUACCGGCAUAGUUAGUCACUGGGACAUCUAAGUUGUCAGCUGCCUCUGCAUCAGGUGGGGUUCUUGCGGAGAAAAGGACUUUUAGCUAGAGCUACCUCCCUAUUUGGGACCUCGCAUCGCAUUUCCCUUGAACUCUCAUGACAUCAACGUGUGCCUGGACACCACUUGCAUUUUAUUCUGGAAUUUCAGCAUGUCAUUUGCCAACUAUAUUUCUUUGAAUGAAGUUCACUGUUAUCCAAAAACGUCUUCUCAGAUAUCCCUUCUGUAAGUUAGUUUUUCCGUCAAAGCCAAAAAUUAAUAUAUUCUUGAGUCGGAUGUGGUUUGGUAGCCCCGUCUGAAGUAAACAAACCCCAGUCACUUCUAAUAUUGGACCAGUGGUAAUAGGGGUUUUUACAGGUGGAGCUGGGGAACGCACAAGCGACUAGGUCAAGUAGUUGUAUGCAAAAGAAAAGCUAUUUUGAGUGCGCGGUUGUACUUUGAGUGGCUGAGAAAUAGUUGCACUAACCCCUAACCCUAACCCCUAACUACAAUCGCUUAUCCUAACCCCCAACCCCUAACCUUUAACUCUGACCCCCAGCUCCUAACCUUAACCCCAACAGUAUUGUGCUCAUCGGGUGGGGCUACCAAACCACAUCUUACUUAUUUUUGUUAUGAAGGUUUCGAGGAAUCUCUUUGUUCGUGUGUUGGCGGGUUAACAUGGCCGGUCGUUUCCCCUUAGGUAUCUUCACAUGCUUCAUGGGCGGUCUUAUCCCGCGCCGAGUCGUGCGCCGCAUCAACAUUGUGCCGAGAGAUAUGGGCACCUCUGCUGUGACCAAGGCCAAGCCGACGGACGACCCUCUUCUUUCCGUGAGCACUUACAGCUACUUCGGUCUGUUCCCGCGGGAGCGGACGUUCCAAGUGCCCAUCAGUCAGAUUCGUGCCACCGCACCGUACAAGGAGGGCAACAAGUUCAUCAAUAUCAUGAUUACUGGACGUAUCUUCACCUUCUAUGUUGAGAAAUAUGAAGCCAAAUUCUUCCUGACAGAAUUCUUUGAUCACCUGGAUCACACGGCUGUGGGUUCAGCCCUGACCAAGAAAUGA